ACGCUGGUAAACAAACGGAAGAUGAGUAAGAUAAGCCUAUAGCCAGGAAACUUAAAAAACAUAUACCAUUUGCCAAGAAUUCGAGGGUUAAUGGGGUCAUCGGCUGUAAACAACCGAUCGGAUCUGAUUAACUUGUUGCAGUAGAUGCGACCACACAAUUAAUUUACAAAACAAUGGACUGAUGCGAACAGUUGUUAGCCGAUGUCUGCCAAAACAAAAAGGCAAGAAGGCAAAGGGAAGGGCAACAUCAUCAGCGGAAACUACAACAAUUGCAAGAACAGUAGCAAAUAUUGCCAGAGCAACAACAAGCAGCAACAAUUGCCACAAGAGCAGCAACAACGACAGCAGCAUGCCACAUCAACAUUUCGGCUAGAAUUGAGCAAUUUGCCAGUGCUGCUGCUACCGCUGCGUAUACGUAAUAUUAAAAAUAGGCUAACGCCCAGGCUGCAGGAUGAACAAGCGCACCGUUGUCAUCGCGGGAAUCGUGGCCAGCCUCUUGUUCCUGGCGCUCGGCGCCAACUUCUACUUCAUGUACUACCUAAGCGCCGAGGAGGGCCAUCUGGCCAGCGUCCGGGCGCUGGAGAACAUGAUUCGGCACAAGAUGCGCCACCUGAAGCCCAACUACCUCAAUCGCAAUCCGCGCUUCUUCAUGUUCCGCAACAAGCUGCUCAAGAACUACAAGGCGGCGCCGUACGAAAACGCCAGUGUCCUCUGGGACAUUGCCAAUUGGUGGCCCCAUGAAAAUGAGGUUUAUCCUUUGUACGACUCCUCGAUGGGCCAGCUACUGGAAACAAUGCGUCGCGAACCGAUCACCAGGGUCAGCAACCUGGGACGCGGCACCCAGCUGAAGCUGCUGAUGCGCCUUUCGCAACAGCAAAAGGUGAUCUUCAAGCCGCAAUGGUAUCCGCGCGAUGAGGUCAUCGAGGGCAUGGUGUACAGUGGCAAGGAUCGGCACACAGCGGAAGUUUAUGCCUUCUACCUCGGCGCCGUGCUCGACUUUCGAUGGACGCCCAUCGUUGUGGGCCGAGUGGUGAACUUAAAGAGGGAGAUCUACGCCAACGGUGAUCAGGAGCUGCAGCAAACAAUAAACAUCGAAACGGACGAGGAUGGCAAGGAAAAGUACUGCUUGUUUGGGAAGUGUCACUACUGCAACGAGGAGGAGACCGUCUGCGGCGAUGAGAGGCACAAUAUCGAAGGCGUUCUCAUCUAUAUCGUUCCGGGAACGAUGGCCAAGCGGCGGUCGCCGUGGCAGCGCACCUACAAGGAGGACAAGCGGGCGCCCUGGGAGGACGACAUGACCUACUGCAAGUCGUUGAAAAAUAAAAUGGAGACAAUUCGCCUGCUGGACCUCAUAGAUGCUGCUAUUUUUGAUUACCUAAUACAGAAUGGGGAUCGUCAUCACUAUGAAACGCGGGAAGAGCGCGUGGUGUUCAUCGAUAAUGGCAAGUCUUUUGGCAAUCCGAACAAGGAUCACUUGGAUAUCCUGGCGCCACUCUACCAAUGCUGCCUCUGCGAAAAGUCCACGUGGGAUCGCCUGCAGGUUUUCUCCGGCGGCGUGCUCACGGAAAUCAUCGAUCGGCUGUCCAAACAGGAUGCUCUCUAUCCCCUAAUUACGGAUAAGCAUAAAAAAGGAGUGGAGCGACGACUUCUGGUGGUCUAUGCGGUUGUGGAACACUGCAUGGACAUCGAGGGCGACAAAAUGUUCAAAACUCUGUAGUUCAGGCUUGAGAUUAAGGGCCAACGAAGGUUGUAGAUUCAGAACGAGCCAGCACUAGAGCUUCCGGAACUCACUUUCCACAUCCUACUUAAGAAAUUAGCUAAAGCUAGCUAGAAUUUUAUUUAAUAAUUUUAGUCAACGUUCCCUUUCGACGGCUGUUUAAAUAGUUCUUUUGAAAACCACUAAAUAUCCAAAUAUAAGCAUCCCUCUUUCUUUUCUUAAUCGUUAUUGAUGUUAAAGUUCUA